UCAGCUGUCACGCAAUCCAUUGAAAUGUUGUCAUGCCGUCAAAAUGGCGCGCGAGACACUUCGUUCAGUUUACUUGAAUGACAAUUCAUAUUUCAAAAUGGCGGGGAAGAGUCCGUGAGGGUAAUGCAGAUAUUAUCUUGAUCUUCAUUUUCUAGGUAAAUAAUUCUUUUAAUCUUGGUUAUUAAAGUGUCUAAAAACAUAUACAAACAGCUAGAGAGGCUAAGAUCCGAAGGUGUUAAUAUAUGAAAUUUAUGCAUCGGCUACGCUUGCAUUGGGUGCAAGAAGAGUGCGCUAAGCAGAGCUAAGUCUGUUAUGGUUAUUGUAUGAAGACUGUUAACAAUGAUCAGACUCCUUGGCAGUUUGAACAAUAUGCAAGUCAGAUGAUAAAGGAAAAGCCGGUCCCAUUUCACAUUUCCCUCCUGGCAGGAGGGGUUGCUGGAACUGCAGUUGAUGUGAUCUUGUUUCCAUUUGACACUCUCAAGACAAGGCUACAGUCAGUGGAGGGUUUUGCUAAAGCAGGUGGAUUCAGAGGGAUCUACUCAGGAAUCGCUUCUGCUGCCAGUGGGUCUGCACCUUCUGCUGCUACAUUCUUUUGCUCUUAUGAACUGACCAAAAAUUUACUCAAACCACGCACAUCGUCCACAAUGUUUCCAUUUGUCCACAUGUUUGCUGCAACUGUUGGUGAAGUAGUUUCACUAGCUGUGAGAAAUCCUUUUGAGGUGGUGAAACAGCGAGCGCAAGCAUACACCCACAUGAACAGCCUGCAAGCACUGAGGUACACCCUUGUUCAGGAGGGUGUUCAAGGUUUGUACAGGGGCUACUGGAACACGCUACUGAGAGAAAUACCAUUUGCAUUACUGCAGUAUCCACUGUGGGAAUUGUUUAAGAGUGUAUGGUCAUGGGAACAAGGCCACCCUGUUUGGGCGUGGCAAUCAAGUAUUUGCGGAGCAGUAUCAGGUGGAUUUGCCGCUGCUGUGACAACUCCUUUAGAUGUUGCUAAAACCAGAGUCAUGCUUGCACCGAAAGGAUCCUUGUACACUCAGUCAAGUGUUAUCCAAGUAAUAAUGAUAAUUAAAGCUCAGGAGGGCAUAGCAGGUUUGUUUUCAGGAGUGACCAUGAGGACAGUGUGGAUUUCUCUGGGAGGUGCAGUUUUUUUUGGAUUUUAUGAAAAAGCUAAAAAUGUCCUACAAGAUAAGCUAGGGCAUUGACUGCUUAUUUUUUUACGUUUCUCCGAUGUAGUAUUACACAGUGAAUAAAAUUGUUGAUUGGUUAAUAAAUA